UCAUUCAUUCAUCCAUCCCUUGUCCUCAGCAGCCUAAUUGGGACCGUGCAGAGUGCCUUCCCCUCAUUCUGUGUCCCCCUCUAACACAUUCACAGAGGCCAGGGGGACGACAGCUCCCGACUGAUGGGGAGAGGAGCUGGGAAGCAGGACUCUUGGGUCCGGGGCAGCCUUGCUUCAUGCUCAGGAUGGACAAACCUAGCAUCGUGAGGUCUAAGAAGGGCCUUCAAUGAGGGCCUCAGGGGAUGUGUAUCAUAAUUGAUCUUCAGAGUAUUUGGAGAAGGUAUGGGGGAAAUGCAAGAAAAGGGAGGUUGAGGUUUUUUAUUUAUUUAUUUUUAACCUUUACCUUCCAUCUUGGAAUCAAUACAGAAGAGUGGUAAGGGCUAGGCAAUGGGGGUCAAGUGACUUGCCCAGGGUCACACAGCUGGGAAGUGUCUAAGGCCAAAUUUGAACCCAGGACCUCCCAUCUCUAGACCUGGCUCUCCAUCCACUGAGCCACCCAGCUGCCUCCAAGCUUGAGGUUUUUUGACAAGACUUGGGGGCUGUUCCACUUUCCAGGUACGGAUGCACCUUUUUGUCUCCUGUUUUCUCUCUGGACCUCAGUUUCCUCAUCUGUAAAAUGAGAGAACAAGAUAAGGUUCCUCUAAUGCUCCUUCCUUUCCUUUAAAUCUAUGAUCCUGUGAUCUUCUUCCCCUCCUUCUACCUGAACCCCGAGUGGGUGUCCCGGGCUGAGCCCCCCAGCAGGGCUGGGCCGUGCCGGGAGUCUGUCCCACUUUGAGCCCAGCCGGAUUUGUUAAAGUGGGUCUGUGGGGACUGUGGGCGGGCUCAGCGUUCCUGAGGCCCCUUCCGCCUGGAAGUGGGCCCUCUGCACUGUCUGGGAUCUUGGCUUGCAUCUUCCCCUGCUCCUAUUGGCGCUGGGAUCUGAGGCUCCAGAGACAGAACGUGCCUCCCGGUGGGGGAAGAAACUAGACUCCGGUCCAAAAGACAAUGGAUGGAGGAAGAAGCUGGAACCUCAGCAUUUGGGCUCCCAGGCUCGAGGUUUUAUCUCACCACCAUUUUGUUAAGUGUUUAGAUAAACAUGGAGAUGUUCCGACCUCCUGGCCCGAGCCUCCUCCUCCUCCUCCUCCUUUCUGGUCUCGCCCUGCCCCUUCUCGGCCUCUCCUGGGGAAAUAACCCGCAGGGUCAGCAGUCUCUGAGCGCAGGGUCACCACCUUGCCAAUCCCGGCCUGGGAGGGUGGCCAUCCUGCAGAGGCCCGGUGGGUUGCCAUGGCAACCCAGAGUCUCCCGGCCCCACCGCGAUGGCCCCUCUGAAAAAUUUAUCAGGAAAACUUCCCUCUUUAAAAAUUAACAUCAGAAUUGAAAUAUUUAAGACCAGCUUCUUGAGGCGGGAGUGGGGAGAGGGGGACGGAAAGCUAAAUUUGGGUGUGGAGGGGGCGCUGUAUCUUUAGCAAGAUAACACCUUCUCCCCUCUUGUCUCCCCAGCAUCUCAUCUCCUCCCGCCCCGUUUCCUAGGGACACUACCGUCCCUUCCCCCAGACUUUCCAUCCUGAGAGUCUAGCCCCCAAUUCCUUCAGAGGACCUCAAAGCACUCUGUGUGGGAGACAGAGGUGGGGAUGGAAGGCUGGCCUCCUCACUAGAAACUGAGGCCCAAGUUGGGGGUGGAGCCUGUCCACCUGGCCCAGGUGAGCUUCCUCGUCCCUGCCUUUGGCUGGAACUUCACUUUGGACCUGGAGCUGAACCAUCACCUUCUGGCUUCACACUAUGUUGAACGGCACUUCAGCAGUGAUGGGACCACCCAGCACAGCACAGAAAGCGGGGGCCAGAGGUGACCGAUAACUUGGCGAGGACACGGUCAGGGAGCAGAACAGAGACCUAAGCGAGGCUAGGGCUUUGAGCCACCUAAGGGGCCGGGGACCAUUGCUAUUACCAGGGAAAGCUUCGGGAUAACCCCGGCUCCUUUGCUGCCAUUUCUACCUGCCAGGGACUACAUGGCGUCUUCUCUGAUGGAAAUUUCACUUAUACCUUGGAGCCUCAGGGAGAAGCGUCCAAGGGGCCUCUCCCCCACCUCAUUCAUCGGACCUCUCUUCUCCCAGUCCCUGGAUGCAGGGAACCAGGUUGUUUGUUUGCGGCCCCCUCCCUUCCUGUUCCACCGGCCCUGCCCAGGCUGAGAAGGAAAAGGUCCGGAGAGGCCACUCCACUGUCCACAGUGAGACCAAGUACGUGGAACUCAUAGUCAUCAAUGACCACCAGCUGUUUGAGCAGCUGCGACAAUCUGUGGUCCUUACCAGCAACUUUGCCAAGUCCGUGGUGAACCUCGCUGAUGUGCUGUACAAAGAUCAGUUGAACACUCGAAUUGUGCUGGUUGCUAUGGAAACAUGGGCAGGUGGUGACAAGAUCCAGGUACAAGAUGACCCUCUGGAGACCUUGGCUCGUCUUAUGGUCUACCGGCGGGAGGGACUACCUGAGCCCAGCGAUGCCACCCACCUCUUCUCGGGCAGAACCUUCCAGAAUGCAAGAAGUGGCACAGCCUAUGUUGGGGGUAUCUGCUCCCAGUCUAGGGGAGGUGGUGUCAAUGAGUAUGGCACUGUGGCAUAUGUGGCAGUGACAUUGGCACAGACUCUGGGGCAGAAUCUGGGCAUGAUGUGGAAUAAACACCGAAGUUCAGCAGGUGAAUGCAAAUGUCCAGACACCUGGCAGGGCUGUAUGAUGGAAGACACAGGGCAUUACUUGCCCCAAAAGUUCUCCCGCUGCAGCUUGGAGGAAUACAGCCAGUUUCUGCAGGAGGGAGGCGGAAGCUGCCUUUUCAACAAGCCCCUCAAGCUGUUGGAUCCCCCGGAGUGCGGGAACGGCUUCGUGGAGGCGGGGGAGGAGUGUGAUUGCGGCUCAGUGCAGGUGAGUGUGGCCCGGGCGGCCAGAGAGGUGGGCCAAGGCCGGGGUCUGAGCCGGCUCUUGCUAGCCUCCUCUCCCGUCCCGUCCGGUCCCCUGCCCCUUCCCCUUCCCCUCUUCUCUCAGGAGUGCAACCGAGCGGGCGGGAACUGCUGCAAGAAAUGCACUCUGACCCACGACGCCAUGUGCAGCGACGGGCUAUGUUGUAGGGGAUGCAAGUACGAGCCAAGGGGAGUGUCCUGCCGAGAGGCUGUCAAUGAAUGUGACAUCGCAGAGACCUGUACUGGGGACUCCAGCCAGUGUCCCCCCAACCUGCACAAGCUGGAUGGCUACUACUGUGAGCAGGAACAGGGUCGCUGCUAUGGAGGACGAUGUAAAACCAGGGACAAGCAGUGUCGGGCACUCUGGGGCCACAAUGCUGCUGACCGCUACUGCUAUGAGCGGCUGAAUGUAGAGGGGACUGAUCGAGGAAACUGUGGCAGAAAGGGCUCUGGCUGGGUCCAGUGCAGUAAGCAGGACGUACUCUGUGGAUUUCUUCUUUGCGUCAACAUCUCUGGUGGGCCUCGGCUAGGGGACCUGGGUGGGGACAUCAGCAGCAUCACCUUCUAUCACCAGGGCAGGGAGCUUGACUGCAGGGGGGGCCAUGUGGAACUAGCGGAUGGCUCAGACCUGAGCUAUGUGGAGGACGGGACUCCCUGUGGCCCCAACAUGCUCUGCUUGGAUCAUCAUUGCCUCCCAGCUUCAGCCUUCAACUUCAGCAGCUGCCCUGGCAGUGCAGGCCGAAGGAUCUGUUCUGAUCAUGGGGUUUGUAGCAAUGAGGGGAAAUGCAUUUGUCAGCCAGACUGGACAGGCAAAGACUGCAGCGUCUACAACCCAAUGCCCACAUCUCCACCUACAGAGGAGACUGAGAGAUACAAGGGUCCCAGCGGCACCAAUAUCAUUAUCGGCUCUAUCGCAGGAGCUGUGCUGGUUGCAGCUAUCGUCCUGGGUGGCACCGGCUGGGGAUUUAAAAACAUCCGCCGAGGAAGGUAUGACCCGACUCAGCAGGGGGCAGUGUGAUGGCAUCUCCACUCCCAUCCCACCUGCAUCAUCCUCGCAUCCGUCUCCAUCUCCAUCAUGGCUCCCUUCCUGAUUUCUCCACUGGGCACAGCCCCGAGCUCACUCCUCACCUCCACCCAGUAGCCUAGGCUGGAGAACGGCAGGCCCCGAGGCCCGCUGUCCUGCCAGCCCACCUGCCCUGGCUGUUGGCUUGGCCACCCGCUUACUCACUGAAAGGGUCAUUCUCUUGGACCAUCCGUUUCCAGCACCAGCUGCCUCCGAGGCCCCUAAAAUAUUCAGGGCCCCAGCCUGGCCUCCUCGCCCAGCCUCUGCCCUUCAGCAAUAAGUGGCCUCGGCACCUGGGGAUGGGGGAGCCUGGGUCCCACCACCCACCUGUCUCCUCAUCCCAUCCAUGCGUGCCUGUCAUAUCAUCGGAUGUCUGACCUCCCCGCUACUCCCUGGAGCUUUCCCUCACGGGUCCCCCUCCGAGAGCGGGGAGCCUUUGCCCGAGGAAGGCCCUGCUUCUCUCUGGCUCCCUUCACCGCCGCGGGGGCCUGGGGGGAGCUUCCCCUCCUCCCUCACCCUCUGUGGUUCCUUGUUUCUCUUCCAGGUCGGGUGGGGCCUAGGCUCCUCUCCACCCCCUACCCGGCGCUCACAGUCACCACCUGGAAGGGGAAAGGACACGCGUGCCCUCGCCCCACCACACAGGAGCCAUGCCAUGCGGAAGUCUUCCUGGGCCCAGCGAUCAGAGGGGCAUCGGUGGGGUGGCCCCGGCCCCGCCCCCGGACUCCCAAGAGUGGGCGGGGCCGGAGCGGUCUCCCUGCCCCCUCCCCCUCCCGCCCAGCUUUGCCUUGUGUGCCCUCGCCCUCUUCCCAUGUGAAUGUAGCGUCCAUCAUCACUGACUGUGCCCAGGCUGGGACUCCAGGCCCGAGGGCAUCAGUGAGGGAGGGGGACAGCCACCAGCUGACACUGCACUUUGGCCCGGGGGGUGGGGCUGGGGGACAUCGGGCCUUGGGCUCUGGUUUCCUCACUCUCUCGGCCGGAGCUCGGGUGGCUCGCCAUGUCUGCUUCUUUUUUUUAAUUGAGACCUAAAUGAUGAAUGUAACCACAAGGUUGGCAGGGACCAGGGUAGCUUUUAAGGGCAUUCUGGUAUUACGGGGGUGAAGGAAGAGGGGGCAAGCCACAGGGAUUCCCCCUUCCCUUUGGUGGGGCCUUACCCCAGAACAGAUUCUCCCCAAACCCGGGAUGGAGUUUGGGGGGGCAGCCCUAACCUAUAUCCAUCGCCAGUCCAACUUGGGGCUCCCCAGCCCUCCCGAAUCACAGGACGGCCGGAGGGUUGAAUCUAAACCAAAGCUGCCUGGUUCUGUAGCCAUGACCCCAGAAUGUCAGCAAGGGCCAGGGACUGGACUGGACACCCCAGGGAGGCAAAUGCCAUGAGCUAUUCCCUCGUGGGCAGUUCUGGGACUAACUCAGGGUUCGAGUGCCCAUUGGGGUGACCUCAGAGGCUGUCGGCUGUAGAACCUCUUCCCUUUGCGGUGGGGACCGGGUUCGAGGUAUCCUGCGAUUGGUGCUAUGGCAGGUAUCAGAAUCACGGGGAGGGAAAGCCAGGUCCCCAGAGCAAUCCUCCAUCCCGACAGGGCUUCAAGACCACGUCUUCCCAGACACUCUAGUUCAACUCCACCUCCCCCUUCCGCCCCAACCCGACCUGCGCAGUGUUUACAUGUGUUUUUGCUGCUGCCUCCCCCCCGAACCCCCAAAGGGAGGCAUCUCUGGGGGGAGACCCCACCUGCGGCUCUCCCCCCACAAUCCCCCAGCCUCCGAGUUUCCCUUAUGAACUCUGACCCGGGGCUGACGAAAAUAAGGGAUGAGAGAACCUGCCCUGGUCUCUCUCCCUCCCGGGUCUCUUCCUAGUUUAAACCUGUUUAGCCUGGGCUGUGGGAGAAGGGAGACAAGAGGCAGGACUCCCUUCUCCAGCGCCGGUAACCGCUCCUUCCUGAGGAAAGCCGCAGGUUUCUGCCCCUUCCAAGUCUUCUAUUAAGUGAAGUCCAGGCUCCUCCAACUGGGGCAACUCUGGGGAGGAAUGGGGGGAUGGGCCGCAUCCCCCUCCCCUCCCCAAACCUCACCUCAGGUGCUAGCUGGGGGGGACCUGGGGCUGCCACCUUCUGAUUCCUUCUAAGUAGCUGUGGGGAGCCCGGCGGCACCUGGCUGCGGUGACUCGGGAGGCGGGCUCCUGGAUGCCUGGGUAGGAAGCCACCGACGAGCCCUGCCCCACGCACACCUGUCCUGCCGCCCGGAGAAGUCGAAGCAGGUCUAGCGAUGCCUUACGGAGUUCCCCUGGUGGGAGCGUGUGCACGUCGUGUCCGCACGUGCCUGGGCGUGAGGGUCCGGCUUUGCGCCUGGGCACCGGCGCCCUGAGGGCGUGCCUGUGUGCGUCCGUCCGUCUGUGUGUCUGUCUGUCUGUGUGUGCACACGCGUGUGUAUGGUGUAUGUGUACGUGGGCCCACACUGGUUGGGGGAGAAGAGAGAGAAUGUCUACCACCGUUGUGUGACCGGUAAGCCUGAUGCUCUCAGCCAUCGGCAUCCUCUCCUCUCCUCGCCCGCCCCUGGAGGCUCCCUGAGAGCGAUGCCGUCUCCAUGCAGCAUCCUGUAAAUACACCAUUAUGGGGGGAAGGGGAUGAGAGGGAAUUAAAGAUCACAUCCUGGGGCUUCCAUGGAGCUCACACUCACA